AUGGAAUGUUAUACAUCGGAUAGCUGUGAUAGUGACACAAGAGAACAAAAAACACUCGACUUAUCCAGUCAACUGUUGGAAACACUAAGCCUAUCGCUGGAACUGAAAGGCAUUGUUGACGAGAAGGAUUGUGCACAAAAUUACGAGAUAUGUCUUCUCUACAAUAACAGAAUAAAGGCUUUGCCUGAGACUUUAAACAGGUUUACUAACUUGAAGAUAUUGGAUGUGAGCAACAACAGGCUGACGGUUCUACCUGAUAUAUUCAAAUAUUGCCCGCUGACUACUUUAACAGCAAAACAUAACCAACUUAGCAAUGAUUCACUGCCCAAAUCAUUUCAUAAUGCCACGAGUUCUCUCCGAGAGCUUAAUUUAAGUGGAAAUCAGCUAAACUUCUUUCCGGAACAAGUGUUACAGUUAUCAUCGCUAAAGUAUCUUUACUUAGGUGGUAACAAUAUAGUCAAUAUACCAAAGGACGUGUGGAAGCUGAACAGGUUACAAAUUCUUUCAUUAGGCGGAAACCAAAUUCAGGAAGUACCAGAUUCAGUGGGACGCCUUACUUGUCUUCAAGCCUUAGUUUUGAGUGAUAAUCUCAUAGAACAACUACCUUCAAGCAUUGCUAAUUUGAAACAACUGCGAUCGUUGUUGCUCCACAAGAAUAGAUUGAAAACAUUACCAACUCAAAUAAUCAAACUAAAGUGUUUGACAGAGUUGAGUCUUCGAGAUAACCCUCUUGUGGUAAGAUUUGUUAGAGAAAUGAGUUUGGAGCCGCCAACUUUACUAGAACUAGCAGGACGUACUGUAAAGCUUCACGAGAUACCUGUUUCUUUUGGUGACAUUCCUGUCACUCUACUAGAAUAUCUUGAAGCGGCUCAAUGUUGUGUCAAUCCCAAAUGCAGAGGGGUUUACUUCGACAAUCGUGUAGAACAUAUAAAGUUCGUAGAUUUCUGUGGCAAAUACAGAAUUCCACUUUUGCAAUAUCUGUGCAGUUCAAAAUGUAUCACCGGAUGUUGGGAGAGCCGUGAAUCUGAAAGCAAUUCUUAUCCUCAAAUGAUGAGAAAAGUUCUUCUUGGUUAA